AUGCCUCCGGGGCUGGACUUUACCUUUAACAGGCAGCAGGGCCAGCAGCAGCUGGAGGAGGAGGAACAGAACUGGGAGGAGCUGGAGCAGCAGGGCCAGCAGCAGCUGGAGGAGGAGGAGGAGGAGGAGGAGGAGGAGCAGGGGGGCGAGCAGAAGCAGCAGCAGCAGCAUCAGGAGAAGCAGGGUGCGCCGAAAGCAGGACAAUCCAUCCUCCAGUGUCAGAACGCUUGCUGCAGGCGUAAAAUCCUGACACUGGAGAGGAUGAUUGUCCUGCUGAAGGCCAAAAUUCACCUUAAACAGAUAUCAAACUAAGUUACACUUCGAUCAAUUUAAACUGAAGGUGAAGCAGAUGAUGCCCAAUAGGCUUAUGCGACGUGGUGAGCGCAUGUGCCAGAGGCGUCGUCAGAGUUCAGAGAGUAAGUACCUUAUUUUUGCGCUCCUUCUAAGUUACACAGAUUUUAGUGAUAAUUGAGAAAAAAAACUGUUUUGUCUUAACCUAAAGUGCGUGUUUUGAUGUUGGUUAUCUUU